AUGUCCUCCGUCACGUCAGAUGCUGCGUCCAUCCGCAACAAGAAGUCGUUCUUCCGCUCAGUUCCCUUCCAGAUCAUCGUAGCAUGCGGUGUCUCCUUUACGGCUCCCGGCAUGUGGGAUGCUCUCGGUGGACUGGGAGCCGGUGGUGCUGCUGAGCCGUACGCCGUUUCUGCGGCCAACGCUCUGGUGUACGGUCUCUUUUCUGUUGUGUGUGUACUCGCCGGCGCCAUCAACAAUCGCAUUGGCCUGAACUAUGGACUCGCCCUUGGUGCCAUUGGCUAUCCUCUGUACGGCGCUGGCCUUUACGUCAACAGCACUCGUGCGAAUACGUGGUUCUUGCUCUUCGGCAGUGCCCUCUGCGGCAUCAGCGCAGGCUUCUUCUGGGCCGCCGAAGCAGCCAUCAUCAUCGGCUAUCCGUCUCCCGGCGACCGCGCCUUCUACCUCGCCAUAUGGCAGUCCGCCAAAGCAGCUGGUCCCAUUGUCGGCGGCGCCAUCAACCUCGGUCUGAACGCGAACCGCAAGACCACGGGCUCGGUCUCGUCCUCGACCUACAUCGUCUUCAUCGUCAUCAUGUGUCUCGGCCUCCCGAUCGCACUGUGUCUCUCACCCGCGCACAAGAUUUGGCGCAAAGACGGAACGCUGAUCGUGACCGAGCGCGCCGCGAGCUGGGGCCAGGAAUUCCGCGCCGUAGGCAGACUCUUCAUCAGCCGACGCAUCCUGCUCCUCCUUCCUGCUUUCUUCAUCAGCUACUUCUACAACGGCUUCAUGUCGACCUGGCUGACGACCUACUUCACCGUGCGCAGCCGCGCGUUCAGCUCCUUCUUCACCAACUUUGCGGGCAUCUUUAGUUCCUUCAUCAUUGCCGCACUGCUCGAUAACCAGAAGGUCCACAUCAAAAAGCGCGCCAAGAUUGCAUUCAUCGCCAUUCUCACUAUCCUCACUGGUACGUGGAUCUGGGCCAGCAUUCUGCAGAACCAGUUCUACAACGCCUCCACCAAGCCCGUCUUCGACUGGUUCCAGGGCGGCUUCGGGAAGUCGUACGCCCUUGUCUUCUUCUGGCAGUUCGGCGGCCAGGCGUUCCAGCAGUUUCUGUACUGGCUCAUCGGCCAGUAUGCCACCGAUCUGUCCAACCUGUCGCACCACACUGGUAUUCUGCGUGGUGUGGAGGCGCUUGGCCAGACUGUGGCGUGGGCUAUGCAGUCAGAGGGCAACGCGAACCAUUUCGUGUCGAUCGGUAUCAACUUCGGCUUCACGGUGCUGUGCAUCCUGCCUACAUGGAUUGUGCUGUGUGAGCUCGAGGGCAGCCAUGAGACGGUUGUCAUGGAGGAGCAGGUAGAUAACAAGCUGGCCCCCGAUGCUUGA